GGUACCUGGAGUUCACAAAGCCAACUCCAUCAUCUCCAUCGCCAUGGCGGCUCUGCAACCAUUGUUCAUCCUCCAAGCUCUCCUACAUCUCCUCCUCCUCCUCCUCAUCUUUCCCUCCAAAACCCUGUCCCAGAACAACCCCAUCCUAGUCAACUGUUCCACCGCUGCCAACUACACCAUCCCCAGUCCCUUCGCCACCAACCUCAACCUCCUCCUCCCCAACCUCAUCGCCGCCGCUGCCAACUCCUCCACCCUCUUCUCCACCGCCACCGUCGGUUCCACCUUCGGCCUCGCCCAGUGCCGCCCUGACGCUUCCCCCUUCGACUGCAACGCUUGUCUCAACCGCUCCGUGGCCACUUUCUCCUCCCAAUGCCCUUUCCGCCGGUACGCCACCGUCCGCUUCGACUUAUGUAUCCUCCGCUACUCCGACUACCCCUUCUUCUCCAAGCUCGCCGACGACGGCUUCGUCGUCUUAUUAAAUGAAGACAACGCCACCGACCCAACGGUCUUUACUCGACGAUUAGACGAUCUAAUGGACGAGAUCUCAUCCAAGGCCUCCCGCAACACCUCGAGAUUCGGAGUAGGCUUGGUUAGCGUCUUCAGUUUUGAGGAAUAUAUAUACGGGAUGGUACAGUGUACCCGUGACUUAUCCGACGGUGACUGUUCACUGUGCCUGAAUCGCACGGUCGGAAUUUUGCGUCGCCAUUGUUAUUGGCGAAUUGGGUGCCAGUGCGUCAGUUUGAGCUGCAUCGCCAGGUUCGAGACCCAGCCCUUCUUCUCGCUUUCCUUGCUACCACCGGCGCCGGCGCCAUCGAUGCCGGUGCCGCUGGGCACUGGUGGGAGUCCAAGCACUGGAAAUGUUGGAAAAAGUAGCAGCAAUAGUAAAAAGAUUGUUCUUGUUAUUGUAAUUCCUGUGGUUGCUGCUUUUCUGUUUGUCUUUGCAAUUUGCUUUUAUCUGCAGAAGAGGGUAUUAGUCAGGAAAGGCAGAGAUAGAGGGGAUGAACCAGAGUUCAGAAGUGCAGAUUCUAUAUCGUUUGAUUUGGACACCCUUAGAGAUGCCACAAGUAAUUUCUCUGAGGAGAAUAAGCUUGGGGAGGGUGGUUUUGGAUCUGUUUAUAAGGGUACAUUGAAGGAUGGACAGGAAAUAGCUGUGAAACGACUCUCAACAACAUCAGGCCAAGGAUUUUUAGAGCUUAAGAAUGAGGUGUUUUUGAUUGCUAAGCUUCAACACAGAAACCUUGUAAGGCUGUUGGGUUGUUGCUUAGAAGAACAGGAGAAGCUUCUUGUCUAUGAGUACCUCCCAAAUGCAAGCCUUGACAAACAUUUGUUUGAUCCUGUAAGGUGUGAAUUACUGGACUGGACAAAACGAUACAAGAUCAUCGAAGGCAUUAGUCGAGGUCUUCUUUAUCUUCACGAAGAUUCACGUCUUAGAAUUAUACAUCGAGACCUGAAAACAAGCAACAUCUUGUUGGAUGAGGAUAUGAAUCCUAAAAUCUCUGACUUUGGCUUCGCAAAGCUUUUUGAUGUAGAUGAAACACAAGGAAGGACUACAAGAAUUGCAGGGACAUAUGGAUACAUGGCACCGGAAUAUGCAGUGCGUGGAAAGUUCUCAAUCAAGUCAGAUGUUUAUAGUUUUGGCGUGAUGGUGUUGGAGAUCGUCACUGGUAGGAGAAACAACGGCUUUGAAGAAUCUGGGAAUGGGAAUGCUCCUAACCUUCUAAACUACGUGUGGCGGUAUUGGAACGAAGGUAGAGCAUUAGAGUUGAAGGACAGGAAGCUACGUGACUGCGUCAAGGUGGAAGAAGUACUGAGAUGCAUUCACAUUGGACUGCUUUGUGUCCAAGAGGAUCCAACAAAGAGGCCUAGCAUGGCAACAGUGGUUGUCAUGCUGAGGAGUUACUCCAUCUCUCUUCCAACACCUUCAACUCCUGCAUUCUUCCUGCCAACCACAACAAACAGAGAGGCAAACAUGCUAGAUACCGGACAUACUAAUCAAGAAGCAGGACGGUCAAGGUCCAUCUCUGCAAACCAGCUCUCAAUUUCAAUAGUGGAACCACGGUAGAUUACAGGUCGUGUUUGGAGUAAGGGAAUGGUGCUGAAGGAAUUGCAAUGAGAAAGCCAUUUUGAGAUAAACCACAGAUUUAUUGAAAAAAAUGGAACAAAAACAGAGCCACGCGGAUAAAAGAGUAAGCAUGCAAACACAAGCAAA